AUGGGCCCCGUCCUCUCCUCCUCCCCAAUCAACAUCUACCUCAUCUGGUACGGCAAGUGGGCCCCAUCCCAGAAGCUCCUCAUCACCGACUUCAUCCACUCCAUCUCCGCCGACGCUCACUCCGCCGCCGCCCCCUCCGUCGCCGAGUGGUGGCGCACCGUCUCCCUCUACACCGAUCAGACCGGCGCCAACGUCUCCCGAAACGUCGUCGUCGCCGGCCAGUACUCCGACCUCCGCUACUCCCAUGGGACCCACCUCACCCGCCUCUCCGUCCAGCAGGUCAUCGCCUCCGCCGUCAGAUCCGCCCCCUUCCCCGUCGACCACAAGCACGGCGUCUACCUCAUCCUCACCUCCGAGGAUGUCACCGUUCAGGACUUUUGUCGAGCGGUUUGUGGGUUCCACUACUUCACCUUCCCCUCCAUGGUGGGCCACACUCUCCCCUACGCCUGGAUCGGAAACUCCGGCAAGCAGUGCCCGGAGGUCUGCGCCUACCCGUUUGCCCUCCCAGGGUACAUGGGCGGAGGUGGGCCGGGAUCUCUCUCUCCGCCGAACAGGGACGUGGGUGUGGACGGGAUGAUCAGU